AUGGAGAAACGAGAUAAGAACAGGAGGGAAAACAGGAGACAACUUUCUAAUAGAAGAGAAGUGAGAAAAUCAAGUGAAUGGUUACUGUUGGGACCAAGGAGUUGGAAUUCAGCCUUAAAGAAAACCUUCCUGUACAAACCGGUAGAACCAGUGGAGUUCAAGGGCUCUGUGGUUUGCGUGAGCCUGACGGACAAUGCGUUCGUCUUCCUGAAGGUGGCGCUGUGCUCGAGCGCCGUCCUAAGGGAGGUCGCGGGCAGAAAGGGAGGGGGUUUCACAGCGGCAGCCUCCCUCGUGUCCUUGGCCUGGGCUUUGGCCUCUUACCAGAAGGCCCUCCGGGACUCUCGCGACGACAAGAAGCCCAUCAGCUACAUGGCUGUCGUCAUCCAGUUCUGCUGGCACUUCUUCACCAUCGCCGCCAGGGUCAUCACUUUUGCCCUCUUUGCCUCGGUGUUCCAGCUGUACUUUGGGAUAUUCAUUGUCCUUCACUGGUGCAUCAUGACCUUCUGGAUCGUCCACUGUGAGACAGAGUUCUGCAUCACCAAGUGGGAAGAGAUCGUCUUCGACAUGGUGGUGGGGAUUAUCUAUAUCUUCAGUUGGUUCAACGUCAAGGAAGGCAGGACGCGCUGCCGGCUGUCCGUUUACUACCUUGUGGUCCUGCUGGAAAACGCCGCCCUGAGCGCCCUCUGGUACCUCUACAAGGCUCCCCAGAUCGCCGACGCCUUCGCCGUCCCCGCGCUGUGUGUGGUGUUCAGCAGCUUCCUCACGGGCGUCGUGUUUAUGCUGAUGUAUUACGCCUUCUUCCACCCCAACGGACCCCGCUUCGGGCAGUCCCCCAGCUGCGCGUGUGAGGACCCGGCGGCCGCCUUCGCCCUGCCUCCGGAAGGGGCCGCCAGCACCCUGCGGUCCGCCUCCAACCACCGCAGCGUGGCCAGCGACCGCGAGCAGAAACUCGCGGAGCGGGACGGCUGCGUGCCCGUCUUUCAGGUGAGGCCCACCGCCCCGUCCGCGCCGUCGCCUCGCCCCCCGCGCCUGGAAGCAUCGGUCAUUAGGAUCGACCUGUUCAGGAACAGAUACCCGGCGUGGGAGAGACACGUGUUGGACCGAAGCCUACGCAAGGCGAUUUUAGCCUUUGAAUGCUCCCCGUCUCCUCCGAGGCUACAGUACAAAGACGAGGCUCUUGUUCAGGAGCGGCUGGAGUAUGAAACCACUUUGUAGAGCAGAAGGGCUGGCGGGAGCCAUGACAUCCAGGUGAGGGGGUGACCGCGGGGCUGUGGCAACCAUGACGCUUCGUCGCAGAGUAGGGUAGGGAGCUGUGGCGUUCUUCGUGGGACCGUCAUCGCGACGAGUGGUGGAUCCUCUGCCAGCUGCCGGCAACUGGUCUGCUUCCCCACCGGCAGCGCCCAAGAGCAUCCCGCUCCACCUGGAGGAAUGUCGCCAGCUUCGUGUGACUCUCCUUGCCACCAGAUUCCUCCCGCAUGGUCUCGAAGGGCACCCACCAGAGGGCACGAUUAUUAUGGAAAAUUUUGGCUCCAAUCAAUAGGGUGUUGUGAUGGAGUUACUGAUCUUUACAUAAAAAUAGAUUGUCACACACACACACACACACACACACACACACACACACACACAGUACCAGUCCUCUGUCAAAAUUACUUAGGUGAUUUUUCUUGAUAUAAAACUCUGAUUCCCACAGGAACCUCAAAGCCAAGAGAGAGAGAAGGAAUAUACCCCUCAAGACUCCAGGAAAAAAAGAAAUAGUACCGCUUAAGAAAAAAGAUCCAUAGACCAUUUUCUCAUUUGGAACUCCUACCAUGUGUGGAAAGCCCCUCCAACAGACAGCAAACUCAAGUGUGCUUACACAUGUAUUAGCAUUGAUGGAAUGGUUCGUUUUCCACACGUUUCAGGAUUUGUUUUGGGUUUGUUUGUUUAAAUUUGGGGUUUGAGAACAUCCUUUUUGAUAGAAAUCCCAUGCAGUCCAUGUAUGGCUUUCGACGAGACCAAGGAGCUCGGUAACUUCAUGAUGUAUAUUAAAUGAUGCAGUAUUCAAUUGCAAACAUGUAAUAGGUACACAAAGAGGAAGCGGGGAGAAGGCAAAAUGAGAGUCUGAUUUCCAGGCAUGUGCAACUCCCACCGGAACGUAAGGACAGAGCAGCACGAGAGGAAUGGCUGGAACCAGAUGUGGAACGAGUGGCUCCGUAUGACCAUAGGCAGGCGUGAUUCCAGAAGACGCCAUGCCACUCCUUUCUAGUGCCAAACACCAUUCACCCACAGGACUGACAUGGAAGCCCCGACCAACUGAGAAUGAGUGACAUGAGCUCCCAAAAAGCAGACGAGAGGACGAACAGUCAAGUUCUCCACUGUGUACAGAUACUCCCCCCAACCCAAGGUCAAAGUGAUGUGUCUUGUAGAGGCUUUGGGACACUUUUUAGUAAGUAUGAGCAGACACAGGCCAUGAAUAUGCUAUGAGAAAAUCCUUCUGAACUGAUUGAGGGCUUAUCACUAUAUCCAGCUAAGAUUUGUAUUUGAAUCAUCUAUAAAGUCGUACUCUUACAACAAGCUUCUGGGUUUUAAAUACCUCCGUACAGCAAGUAAAACGUUUCCCGCUUUCUGUUCUCAGUGUCCUCGGUCAUGGUGCUUUUUGUUGCAUUAAAAGUGCCGGUCAAACUUUGAUAGUAUUUUUUUAUAGUUGGUGCAGAGUGGAAUAACUCAUGGAUUAUUUCAAUAUUUUUGUAAUAAAAAAUAUAGCAUAUACACAUAGGCAUCAUCACUUUUUUUAUAAACCUGGAAUCGUUUAAAAUACUUUAAGCAUCAUAUUUACUUGGGAUGUCAGAAACUGGUCCACAAAUUCCAUCAGCCUGCCUCAGCAGAUUGAAAACAUUUGUCUCUUGCAAGAUCACCCUCUUUUGCAAGUUGGUGCCCCCAGGAACCUGGCCAGGGGUGCUAUCAGAAUAUCAGGUGAAGUGAGAAUCAGCUUAACUAGAAAGGGCUUGUCAAGACUGGCCAAUGUUUCCCAGGAAUCAAAGACGUAAACGAUUACUUUCAUCCAUCCAUUAUAACAAACCUGACCACAGUGGAAGAUGUCUUAAGCUUCCUUCCCUGGUUUUAUAUUAACCCAACUGAUAUAUUCAGUAUUAGUCAAGUCACUUUAAAAAGAAAAAGAAAAAAGCUAGUUUACUUAUUCAGUUAUUUGGACUGUCCGAUUUACUUAAAAAUAGUCCAGUUCUCUAGCCACCACAUGUAAUGGUUGUGUCAUCCAGAGACUGUGUCCCCACGGUGACAUCCACGGGAAGUAACAGACAGCUCAACCUAGGACUUCUUUUGGUACACAGCCCCAAAGCAAUUUUUUUUAAAUAGACAAUUUUCAUAAGUAGACAUACUUCCUAGUACUCCAUGAUUUGAUCCUCCAAGCAAGAUUUCCACUAAAAAAUACUAAUCUUUUGUUGGGAUGUGGAAAGAUUACCUAGUCACCAGGAAAGGUCCAGGAGAACAUUCUUCUUGUCAGCACAUGGUGAAAGCAUUCCACCCCCACUAUAGAAGGAAAAAAAAUGAUUAUUUUGGCAAAUUCUUCACUUUUGUGCAGAACGAUGAGCUAUUAGCUUCAUUAUUUCCAAGACGACUUUUAACUGAUGCUCUUUGGAAAUUGAGUCUCUCAGUUGAACUAUACCUUUGAUUCUAUGAGUAAAUCACAGAUUACAGUAUAUAUAAUAGAGUCAAUCAAUCAACACAAACCCGUCAGGCCCCAUCAUGCUUCAAUCAUAAACAUCUUGGAGCUUGUCAAGCUUUACGGGAGGUGAUUUGCAGUUAAUUAAUUCAACAGACACUUUAAUCUUGCAAAUUCUUGACUUGUAAUAUUGUAACCAAGCUCCUGCAAGGGAACAUUAUUCGGUUAGUGAAAAAAGGAGCACUUCGUUCUGCGUGUAGCACCACAAUGCACCCAGGCCUGAAGAGAAAGACCUCUGUGAAGCAGAGCACUAAUGAAUUCCUGAUACCUGGUUUCCAUCAUUCAUACUAGGAAUAUUCAUCUGCUUCAUUUGUUUUUGCCAGUAAGCACUGCUUUGAGGGGAAAAAAGAAUUCCUGGGGGCUUGCAUAACUUAGAGAAUGGGUACUGGGUCGUGGAGACUUGCUUGAAAUGGAUUCAAAUCCAUGUGUUUGGAAACGAAAAUAAUGUCACUGUCAUCUGUUGUCUAAUUGAUCUGUCUGAGUACAGUUGCUGCUUUUACUGCAUUUCUUGAGACUACCAUUGUCAGCAUUGUAACAACCAAUCUGUAAAAACUGAGUUUAUGAUUUAAUUUCAGAGGUGUAAUCUGCAUGGAUACAGCCGCUAAAUAAUUUGAUUCCUCCCUUCCCAGGUGGUGACAUCACCAAACCAAGAUCCAUUCCUAUGUGGAAUUGGCUAGCCUGUUGUUUCUCAGACCCUGCAAAACCUUGGUUACAAGCUUGAAGAUCAACAAUCUGACAUUCUUACUUCUUAAAUGUUCACUUAGAAGUAAGCAGACAGUCUCGUAACUUAAAACAUGGUUCUCUCCCCCUUGCUUCUGUUAAAAAAAUGUUUGAGCUACAAGGUAAGAAUGAAGUUACCAGAAGUUAUCAGAUCAUGGUUUCUGAGUACCUAAGAGAGCCAAGAGUCCAUAUGUUCUUAGAAAGUUUUCGGGAUACUUUUUUGGUAUAAGUUUUAGGAGUUAGCUGUAGAGGAAUGAGUGGAAGUCAUCAGAUUUGUCCAAUAAGCAGUCUAGAAGAUAAAUAAUGAAGGAGUUGGGAUCAUUUGUCUUGUGUUUCUCCUUCGUAGGAGAUCAUCUGGGUGGUUAUUGCCAAGAUGUAGCAAGUGCUACUGUAUAGUAUUGCCAGCUAUUGGUGCUUGUAUCAUGACAAAUAAUUUUACAGACCUAGCUUUUGGCACAAGCACUGACAUGGAAGAGUAAAAAAACGGCUUACCAUCACCAGGAAAUGAAAACUAACAAGUCAAAAAAAAAUGCUUGUUUUGGAACCCCAGAGCACCUAUAGGUACAAGAUACUCUGUAACAUACAAUCAGUUGGUUGACAGUGGCAACAAGGGAGCAAUAAACAGUUCUCUUAAGCAAAGCUCAGGGGAAAGAGUGAUUCUAGCGGCGUUGGGGGUUGGGACAGAGGGUUUCUAUUCAUGUAGAGGCCCAAAUAUGAUGAUGGAGAGAAAACCCGCCAGUGACUCCUCAGAAGUAUUUGUCUUUUCACAGAACAAAAGUUCAAGGUAGUCACUGCCAUUCCAUAACUAUAACAACAAACAUGUCUCCUUAGGAAAGGCCGGGGCCUGACGAAAGUGGGAUGUUGGAAGAGACAUUGGUGGCAGUCAUGUCUGAGACUGACCCUCUCAUCAAGGGAACUCAUUUCCUGUGACACUUCUCCUUGGUACUUGGCCUCUCUAUGCUCUGCACAGCAAGUGCUUCUGAUGGAUUCUAACAUAAGAUAUUUUAAGGUAUUGUAAGUCACUCUUGUUUGUAGAACACAAACCAUUUAACUAUUCCUCCUUUUAACAGCAAUGAGAUUCAGGGUUACCAUGGCCUUACUCAUCGUUGUAAAUAUAUCACGACGUCAUAAGAGCCUCUGUGUCCAAACACAUGAAACCAGGUUUACAAGCGUUUGAAUCUUUUAAACCUAUUUUGAAUUUCAAUUCUGCUAGUCACCUAGUCUGUGUAUCUAUCAUCACAAUGAAAAAACAAUUCUUGUGAGAAUAAUUUUCAGAAUAAUGGAAGUGGGAAAAAAAUGGACACUUUAGCAAUUUUUCAACAUAGAUAAAACCACUGGACCAUUGAUAGCCCUAAAGCUUCGAUUUUUCCUCAUGGCUAAGUUUCUUUUAAUUUAGGGGCUUCUGACAUCUGAAUUUUCCAGAUGAUUGCUGAACCAUCUUCACUAAACCAAAGUAGACGUUGCGGUGUUAUUAAAAGAUAAAGACUGUUCACAUGACUGCAAAUAUCCCAAUGAAAAGUGAACAAAUAGGUCACUCAAGUGAUAAAUAUGGUCCUUAUGAUAUCAAGCAUCUAGAUAUUUGGAAAAGUCUACAUGUUUGAAGCUUACGGUUUUCCUUUCGGCUGUCUUGUAGAUAGACAAAUUGCUCAGGUGUUGUAGGUAUGGAAUGAAACUUUCUUGUGCAGUAAUUGAUUGCUGGUGAUAUUCUGCUGCUAAAAGUCUCUUUGUUGUGCAAAGAGAAAUAAAUAAUGCAGAGCAAAUGCUA